CUUCUAUAGAAGAAGAAAAAAACAACAUAUUCUUGCUGCUUUCUUUUUCAACUUCUCCCUUUAUUCUAAAAGUUUUCAAUCGUCACAAAUAUUCUUAAUCUACUUCAUCAUCGAAAAUUAUGCGUGUACUAGGCUGUAUACAGAAAACUAAAUUCAUAAUUGAGCGCCUGCAAAACUAUAUCGUAAAUAAAGAUCAAUACCCGUAUAUUUGCCUUUGGCAAACUUUAGAAUCAGCUCUUAACGUUUUGUAUAUAUUUGUGCCAAAAUUUGUAACUUAUCGGCAACUGCAUGUUUCUUCCUCAGCAGAAGAUACAUCAAGAGUCGAAACAGACGCUGUUGUGGACGAGCAUGUUGCAGCUAUUAUCAACGCAUCCGCCCUAAUUGCUUCUAUUAUUAUGGAAAUUCUGGCUAAAUUUAAGAUGUAUGAAGACAUUACCAAGCAAAUCUUGGACGAUAAUAGUAGAUUAUUGUAUAUGAUUUCUGAAAUCAAAACACUAGUGAAGACGCCAGCUUUUUCCAGAGACGAUUACAUGGUUAUGGUCAUAGACCAGUUGCAUACUUUGCUAAAGUCUUUGAUGUUUGUUUUUUCGAUGCACGAUGAGUUGGAAGAACAACAAAAAGAUGAUUUCGUUGAAAACUCAACUUCACUAAGGCAACAAGGGUAUAAUUUAACAGCUGAAGAUUGUGCACUGAAGUCUAGCUUAUCUACAAUGGAUUUAUUGCCGCAGCAAGCUUUUUCACUACAGAAACAUUAUGAUUAUGUGAUUCCACGAUAUGUCGAUUUAUUUGACCAUCAAUUUACCAGACAAUGAAAACACAAAACUACCGACACACUCAAAGAGGUAUGAACAACAUAAUUCUAGAGGAGUACCUACUUUAUUGUUUGAAUAUAGGGAUGUAUAACUGAACUUGAAUUUCUU